AUGGUGAAAAAAAUGUUCGACGGUUGGAUACAUAAAACCUUAGAAGUAUAUGUAGACGAUAUGCUUGUCAAUAGCAAGCUCCCACAAGGUCAUGCCAACGAUAUCAGGGAGAUCUUCGAGCAAAUGAGGAAAUAUAACAUGAAAAUCAAUCCUGCAAAAUGCGCCUUUGGAGUCACCUCGGGAAAGUUCCUGAGAUACUUGGUCACCAAAAGCGGAAUCGAGGUAUAUCCUGAAAAGGUGCGCGCUAUACUAGAAAUUCCUUCCCCUGCGACAAUCAAAGACGUGCAGAGAUUAAGUGGUCUACUAGCAGCCUUGGGAAGAUUCAUUAAUAGAUCAUCCGAUAAAUGUAAAGACUUCUUCAAUACUCUGAAAAAGGGUGAAAAUUUUUCAUGGAGUAGCGACUGCGAAGAAGCUUUUCAAAAGAUCAAGGAACAUCUGGCUGCAUUGCCGAUCCUACAAAAGCAUGACCCGCGUGAAGACCUUUACAUUUACCUAUCGGCGACCAACACCUCAAUUAGUACAGUGCUAACUCGCAUAGAAAAGGAAGUGGAUCAACCCAUUUAUUUCAUAAGUAAAACUCUGACUUCGGCAGAGAAGAACUAUUCCAAAAUUGAGAAGAUGGUGCUAUCACUGGUCUAUGCAACGCAAAAAUUGCGUAGUUAUUUUCAUGCACACACGGUAACAGUCAUAACAAAAGCCCCAAUAGAAUCUGUACUCGAUCACGCUGACAGAGACGGCAGAAUCUCCAAAUGGGGUGCACAGAUCAAACAAUUCGGAAUCAAAUAUCAAUCCCAAACGGCGAUUAAAACCCAAGCGGUUGCGGAUUUCCUGGCCGAUUUCCCAUUAGAUAACACUGAUGAGAUCGAAGAAAUCCCGGGACUGGAAGAUGAGCUAGAGGAAUGUCCCAAGCUACUUCGCUCGGAAAACCCAAGGCGAUGGGAAGUCUUCGUGGACGGGUCAUGCAACUCGGAGGGAUCUGGCAUCGGAAUGGUUUUUACAACCCCGACCGGGCGAAGGAUCGUUUACAGCCUAAGACUCGAGUUCCCUGCCACUAAUAAUAUAAUCGAGUACGAGGCAGUCAUACAUGCCCUCCAUGUGAUAAUCGUGCUAGGUAUCAGUGAAGUACGGCAGACAGAUGGGAUGUAUCAAGCCUCAGACCCAUGCUUGCAACGAUACUUGCAACUCGCCAAGCACUACAUCGGGCACAUACCAAACAUCACUUUCCGUCACUUGAAUCGGAUAAAUAACAGAUACGCUGACGCCCUGGCAUAUAUAGCCUCCAUGACGACAAAUCCCGAGGCUACUAAUGUUAGAAUUGAAAGGGUCAUGCUCCCAUCCAUUCCCAUAGAAGGAAAUAUGGACAUCCUUAAUUUAGACUCAGUAGCCCACGAAGAGAGUCAGUCUGCGGAUGAUUGGAGGACGCCAAUCAUAAAAUAUCUAGCUAACGGGGACCUCCCAAGCGACCAACAAGUCGCACACAAGAUAAUAUCAAUAUUGGGGAACUAUCAGCUACGAGAUGGCAUUUUAUACAAACAAUCUUAUCUAUCACCUCUUCUCCGAUGCUUUUCCUGCACUGAAGGUCAAAGCAUAUUAAAAGAAAUACACUACGGUUAUGCAGGAAACCAUAGUGGUGGACGAUCCCUAGACCACAAAGCAAUGCUAGAGGGAUACUUUUGGCCUCGCAUGAACGAGGAUUCAAAACAAACGGAAAAGUUCUGUAUCGAAUGCCAGAAAUUUGGCAAAAGAAGGCAUGCACCUUCAAUGGAUCUAAAAUCUGUCCUAAGCCCUUGGCCAUUCUCCAAGUGGGGAGUCGAUAUAGUCGGACCUUUAAGAGAUGGAACCGGACAAAGAAAAUAUUUAAUCGUUGCCACAGAUUACUUCACAAAGUGGGUAGAAGCCUCGGCUCUACGACACAUCAGGGAUCACGAUGUCUUCACAUUCCUCUUCGAGCAUAUCAUAUGCCACUUCGGUAUCCCAGCCGCCAUCGUAUCAGACAAUGGGGCCCAACUCCAAGGGAAAAACAUCGAUUUACUCUUCAAUUUUUUCAAGAUCAGGAAAAACAAAUCUACUCCGAUCUAUCCCGAAAGCAAUGGCCAGGCAGAGGCAACUAACAAGACCAUCGCUGACAUGCUCAAAAAGAAGCUCGAUGGGCAUGGAGAAAGUUGGUGUGAACAAUUACAUAACGUCCUGUGGGCCUAUCGGACCACCAGGAGGGAAGCAACAUGGAUGACCCCCUUCGCUCUCACAUACGGCACAUAG